AUGGAUAAAAACAAAUCAUCCACAGCUAGCAGCGUAACAUCUGCAGAAUACAGUACAAACGUGGUUUCAACAACAUCAAAACAGGUCACUACUAGCACUACUGUUACAGCUUCCUCAGAAGAUUUUCGAGCACGACCAAGAAGAGUCGUGCAGAAUUUCAUUUUAGUAUGGCUCGAUGCCAAUAUUGAUGAAAAAAAGGAAGAUUUUCAAAAGUCACUGACAGAGCUUCGAAAGAUUUUCGCUUUGGUAUGAAACU